UGAUAUUUUCAUUACUUUAAAACAAUUUCAUUUUGUGGUGUUACUGUUCCUUUAACAGUAGCGUGCACACGGCCAAAUCACAGUUGCUGAAUGACAGUUGACCAUAGAGCUGUCUCAGUGAAUGGUUCACUUUCACAGCGUCUCCCCAGUGAGAAGCGAUUUUUCUAUAUUUUAGUCAUUUUCAGGAUAUAUCAACAGCUAUGGUUAGAUCCAAAAAUUCUCCAGAAUCCCGUGGGCUCACGAGGAAGAGAACCAUCAAGGAGAAGACAGAAGGGGCACCUAAAAAGACCAAGCUUAUGGGUAACAACAUGGAGGAGAAAAGCUUGCGUCAAGUAGAGCAAGAGGUGCUGAAGAGAGAGAGAGAGCGAGAGCCAGCAGAAGGAAGAAGUGGAGCGAGUAGGCCUUGUGUUGAAGCUCAGAUGCCUAAAAAUCCUAAAAACAUCACCAACUACAAGUUUCACAAGGAGCUGGGAAAAGGAAGCUUCGGAAAGGUUAUGCUGGCGUCGCUUAACAACUGCAGAGAUCAAGUGGCAAUCAAAGUGAUUCGGAAGACUACGAGUGUAGAGGACAUCCUGACGGAGGCGCGCACUCUCAGAAUCACUGGAGCUUGUCCCUUUCUCUGCCAUGGAUAUGGAGCUUUCCAAACGCAGAUGCAUGCGUUUCUUAUAAUGGAGUUCAUGAGUGGAGGGACCCUGGAACAGCUUAUAAAUAAGAGAGGUUGCCUGAACAGGGACAUCAUACAAUUCUAUUCUGCAGAGAUGAUCAUCGGUCUACAGUAUCUGCAUUCAUGUGGUAUUGUGCACCGAGAUCUUAAACCACCAAACAUCUUACUGAGCGCCGAGGGGCAUAUCAAGAUCAGUGAUUUCGGCCUAGCUGUAGAAGGGAUUUUCGGUAACAAGAAGAUGUACGAUCUAGUAGGGUCCUACCACUACAUGGCUCCAGAGAUUCAUCUGAUGAGUGGAUAUGGCGCAGGAGUGGAUUGGUGGGCAUUUGCCAUUAUUCUGUGCCAAAUGGCCGCCAGAAGAUCUCCAUUCCACGAAGGCUUGACACUGCUCAACAUCAUCGAAUCAGUCACCUUGAAGCAGCCUUCCAUUCCAGAGGAUAUCAGCCCUGACCUGAAAAGUCUGAUGCAGGAGCUCUUUGAGAAGAAUCCAGACAAGCGCCUGGGCACAUCGGGGGAUAUAAGGAAACACCCGUUUUAUAGAUCGGUUGACUGGGCAGCGUUGGAGAACAGGAAGAUUCCACCUCCUUUCAAGCCACAAUCGCAGGUCCUUUCUCCUUCAGUGCUGUGGCUGGAGGUAUAUUCUUGAAACGCCAAACCCCCAUCCCCUUAGCCAGACUAUGACAAAUGUGGUUGGUGCUUGGCUGGUUCUGUUCUGGGCAAGGCAGGAUUCCGACUGUGGAUGUCAGUGCAGUCUGUGAAGAGCCCCUGUCAUUCAUAGAAGAGCCAGGCUGCAUCAACCCAUCAGGUGGUAUAAAAAUGAUUCAGGGUCUGUCAUUCCUGAGUCCCAGUUGGGAAAGAUCUGCGGGUCCCUUUUGCCUCCACCCUCUGCGCUCUCUACCUAGGGCCCCCGCCAUCGGCCCUCCUAUACUCAGACCUCUGCCAUCAGCCUUCCCCACUUCUGCCCCCCCACCUCUGGCCCCCAUCUUUCCCCCCCCAUCAUUCCCCCCCACCUCUGGCCCUCGCCAUUUCCCCCCCCACCUCUGGCCCCCAUCAUUGC